AUGGACAACGCUUUGCUCGCAGUCGUCGUCGUCGUGGGGCUGCUGCUGACCGGCAGCUGCAGCUGCCGCGACAGCUCGCAUCUGGCGCCGGACGGACGCAUCGUUGGAGGCGAGGUCAUCUCUGCCUAUUAUCUGCCGUAUCAGGUAUCAGUGCGCCGAAGAAAUAGCGCUCGGAGCGCCUAUGCCCACUCCUGUGGUGGCGCUCUACUGGACGAGCGCACCGUCCUGACCGCGGCACAUUGUGUGUACAAUCGACAGGAGGAGAAUUUCCUGGUGGUGGCCGGCACUGAGCUGCGUGCUGGCAUGGAUGGUGGUGUCGUCUCCCGCGUGGAGAAGCUAGUGCCAAAUGAGCUGUACAAUGCCUCCAUAACGGAUAAUGAUAUUGCGCUGAUCUUUGUCACGCCGCCCUUUCCCCUGGACAGCCAACGCAAAAUUGCGAUCAUUCAGGUCGCCCCGGAGCUGCCGGCCGUGGGCACAUUGGCCACCGUCUCAGGCUGGGGCAUGACCACAGAGGAUGGUUUCGGCUCCACGCAGCUACGGCAGGUGCAGGUGCCACUGGUGGACAGAGACGUCUGCAAGGCUGCCUACAAUUGGCGCCCCAUUACCGAGGGCAUGCUUUGCGCCGCAGCGUCUGGCGGUGGCAAGGAUGCCUGUCAGGGUGACAAUGGCGGGCCGCUGGUCGUGGACAACAAGGUUGUCGGCAUUGUGUCCUUUGGCGAGGGCUGUGCACGUGCCCAGUAUCCGGGUGUUUAUGCCGCCGUGCCUUUUUUCCAGGAAUGGAUUGCCGAGCAGCGCGCGGCACAUGCCUGAUUACCAAAUGAUUGCGCGAUGGCCGUAAAAGUAGUAUUUAGCUUUAUCGCCCAUGUUAUAUGUAUCCAGUAAAGUUUAUAUGGCAG